CUCCCAUCAGCUUCUCUGAAGAAGACUUCCGGUGGUGUGUCAUGGCGGUGGCAUGGUGACUCCUACAGAGAGGAAAAAAUACUCGCCUUUGUGGUCGUCUCCCAUCUGCUCAGGGCAGAUUUUCAUGCAGAAAUAAGCGUGUCGGCUCCGGUCUCACCCCCAGGAUUAACCAGCACAUCGCUGCGGUGUCCCUCCGCCCCGCCAUGGCGGCUCAUAAACCCGUGGAGUGGGUCCAGGCCGUGAUUACUAGAUUUGAUGAGCAGCUUCCCAUCAAGGUUGGACACCAGAACACCCACACCAAAGUCAGCACAGAGCACAACAAGGAAUGUCUGAUCAACAUCUCCAAAUAUAAGUUCUCCCUGGUCAUCAGUGGCCUCACCAACAUAUUGAAAAAUGUCAACAACAUGCGGAUAUUUGGAGAAGCUUCUGAGAAGAACCUCUACCUCUCCCAGCUCAUCAUCCUGGACACACUGGAGAAGUGCCUCGCGGGGCAAUCGAAGGACUGCUUGCGUCUAGAUGAGACCAUGCUUGUUAAACAGUUGCUGCCGGAGAUCUGCCACUUUAUCCAUACAUAUCGCGAGGGCCACCAGCAUGCUGCAGAUCUCCGGGCCUCAGCUUCAGCUGUUCUCUUCUCCCUGAGCUGCAACAACUUUAACGCAGUCUUCAGCCGCAUCUCCACCAGGCUUCAGGAACUGACCGUAUGCUCUGAGGAUAACGUGGAUGUUCACGACAUAGAACUGAUGCAGUACAUCAGUGUGGAUUGUUCCAAGCUGAAAAGGCUGUUACAAGAAACUGUCCUGAAGUUUAGAGCCCUUAAAAAGCCUGCCCAGCUGGCCGUCAUAAACAGUUUAGAGAAGGCUUUUUGGAACUGGGUGGAGAAUUACCCAGAUGAGUUUACCAUGCUUUACCAGCGACCACAGGCAGAUAUGGCAGAAGCAGCAGAGAAGCUGUUUGACCUGGUGGACAGCUUUGCAGAGAGUGCCAAAAGGAAGGCAGCUGUGUGGCCGCUGCAGAUCAUCCUCCUCAUCCUGUGUCCAGAAAUUCUACAUACUAUCUCCAAAGACACUGUAGAAGAAAGCAAGGCCAACAAGAAACUGUUUUUGGACAACUUACGCAAAGCCUUAGCCGGCCAGGGUGGCAGCAAGCAGCUGAUGGAGAGUGCUGCCAUAGCCUGCGUCAAAUUGUGUAAAGCCUCCACCUACAUUAACUGGGAGGACCACUCCACCAUCUUCCUCCUGGUCCAGUCUAUUGUUAUGGAUCUCAAGGCUCUGCUGUUCAACCCUGCAAAAUCCUUCUGGAGGGGCACAGGAAGUCAAAAUGCAGACGUGGAGCUCAUGAUGGACUGCUUCGUCUCCUGUUUCCGCAUCAAUCCACACAACAACCAACACUUUAAGGUCUGCUUGGCCUCAUCCUCCCCUUCUACCUUUCACUUUGUCCUCGUCAAUUCUUUGCACAGAAUAAUCACCAAUUCUGAUCUGGACUGGUGGCCUAAGAUUGAUGCAGUGUACUGCUACUCUGGCGAGCUUCGCUUCAUGUUCUCUGACACCCUCAACCGGGUGGUUCAGGGUGCUGGCACCCACCCUCCGAUACGGAUGACACCUAGUUUGACAUUCAAAGGAAAGAUGAGCACCAGCCUUAAAUUUAAAGAAAAAACGACAGACCUGGACACUCGAAGCUAUAAGUGCCUCCUUCUUGCUCUAGUCAAACUAAUCCAUGCUGACCCCAAACUAAUGUUGCAUAACCCAGUGAAGCAAGCUCCAGAUAUGCAGAGCAGUACAGCAGAACUCAUCACCGGCCUGGUGCAGCUAGUGCCUCUCAACAACACCACCCAACUCUCCCAAGAAGCCAUGGAGGCUCUGUUAGUUCUGCAUCAGCCUGAGACCAUAGAGCUGUGGAAUCCUGACACCCCCAUAGAGACAUUCUGGGACAUCAGUUCACAGGUGCUCUUCCUCAUCUGCCGUAAGCUGAUUAGCCAACAGAUGGUUAAUGGGACUGAAGUCCUCAAGUGGCUGAGGGAGAUUCUCAUAUGCAGGAACAAGUUCCUCCUCAAGAACAAGGAGUGUGCCACUAUGGGCGGAGGGAUCCCCAUCUGCCGGCAGGCACAGACCAAGUUGGAGGUGUGUCUCUACAUGUUCCUGUGGAGUCCAGACACCGAAGCAGUGCUUGUGGCCAUGUCAUGUUUCCGUCAUCUCUGUGAAGAAGCAGACAUCCGCAGCGCUGCUGACGAGGUCCCUGUCCAGAACAUUUUGCCCAACUAUGCCACAUUCAGCGAACUAGCUUCUGUCAGCAACAUAAUGGGGACAGGUCGCUCUACCUUACAGAAGAGGGUGAUGGCCUUGUUAAGGAGAAUAGAGCACCCCACGCCUGGAAAUAUUGAGGCAUGGGAGGACACAUACACUAAAUGGGACCAGGUCACCAAGCAGAUUCUUAACUUCCCCAAAAGCAAAGCUGAUGACGGGCAGCAGGAGUGGAUAAACAUGACGGGAUUCCUUUGUGCUCUGGGCGGUGUGUGUCUUCAACAACGAGGCACACCUGGCCCGGCCACGUACAGCCCGCCCAUGGGCCAAGUUAAUGAGCGCAAGCCCUCCAUGAUUUCUAUGGGUCCUUGUGAGGUGCCCAACCCUGUGGCUUCGGCCACCGCCUGCUCCUAUUCUGCCUCCAGCGAAUCACCCGUCAGCCGCUUCCUGGAUCGACUGCUAGCUCUGCUGGUGUGUGGCCAUGACAGGGUAGGCCUCCAUGUCCGUACAAACGUUAAGGACCUCCUGGGACUUGAGCUUAGUCCUGCCCUCUACCCCAUGCUCUUCAACAAGUUGAGAAACAGCAUUGGCAAGUUUUUUGACACGCAGGGUCCGGUUCCCAUCAAUGACACUAACACCCAGUUUGUGGAGCAAACCAUUGCCAUCAUGAAGAACCUGUUGGACAACCACACAGAGGGCAGCUCUGAACAUCUGGGACAGGCCAGCAUUGAGACCAUGAUGCUCAACCUGGUCAGGUACGUGCGUAUCCUAGGCAACGUGGUCCAUGCAAUCCAGGUCAAAACGAAGCUGUGCCAGCUGGUGGAGGUGAUGAUGGAGAGACGAGAUGACCUCUCCUUCUGUCAAGAGAUGAAGUUCAGGAACAAGAUGGUAGAGUACCUGACUGACUGGGUGAUGGGAACAUCCAACCAAGCUGCUGAUGAUGACAUCAAAUGCCUAACAAGGGAUCUGGACCAGGCCAGUAUGGAGGCAGUAGUAUCUCUGUUAGCUGGUCUUCCUUUACAGCCAGAGGAGGGGGAUGGAGUAGAACUUAUGGAGGCCAAAUCUCAGCUCUUCCUCAAGUACUUCACUCUCUUCAUGAACUUGCUAAAUGAUUGCAGUGAAGUGGAGGAUGAGGGUCAGGCAGUGGGAGGAAGAAAGAGAGGAAUGUCCCGCCGCCUGGCCUCACUCCGCCACUGCACUGUCCUUGCAAUGUCCAAUCUGCUCAAUGCUAAUGUGGACAGCGGCCUCAUGCACUCCAUCGGUCUGGGCUACCACAAGGACCUGCAGACCCGGGCAACCUUCAUGGAAGUCCUGACCAAGAUCCUGCAGCAGGGGACGGAGUUUGACACACUGGCGGAGACUGUGCUGGCUGACCGCUUUGAGAGACUUGUGGAGCUUGUCACUAUGAUGGGAGACCAGGGAGAGCUGCCAAUUGCUAUGGCACUGGCUAAUGUGGUCCCAGGGUCUCAGUGGGACGAGCUGGCCCGUGUCCUGGUGACCCUGUUUGACUCUCGCCACCUACUCUACCAGCUGCUAUGGAACAUGUUCUCGAAGGAGGUAGAACUGGCUGACUCCAUGCAGACUCUGUUCAGAGGAAACAGCCUGGCCAGCAAGAUAAUGACCUUCUGUUUCAAGGUAUAUGGAGCAGCUUAUUUGCAGAAGCUCCUGGAGCCUUUAUUAAGAGGGGUCAUCACCACCCCUGAACACAUCAGCUUUGAGGUGGACCCCACCAGGCUUGAACAAGGUGAGAACCUGGAGGAGAACCAGAGGAACCUGCUACAAAUCACUGAGCGGUUCUUUCUGGCCAUCAUUGGCUCCUCCAGCGAGUUCCCGCCACAGCUCCGCAGUGUUUGCCACUGUCUGUAUCAGGCUACUUGCCACUCUCUACUGAAUAAAGCAACAGUAAAAGAAAAAAAGGAAAACAAAAAAGCAGUGGUAAGUCAGCGCUUCCCACAGAACAGCAUUGGUGCGGUGGGCAGUGCCAUGUUCCUGCGCUUUGUCAACCCAGCCAUUGUAUCCCCCUACGAGGCUGGAAUCUUGGACAAGAAACCUCAGCCCAGGAUAGAACGGGGACUUAAGCUUAUGUCCAAGAUUUUGCAGAGCAUUGCAAAUCAUGUCUUGUUUACAAAAGAAGAACACAUGAGGCCUUUUAAUGACUUUGUGAAGAGCAACUUUGACUCAGCUCGGAGGUUUUUCUUAGACAUUGCGUCUGACUCUCCACCAAGUGACUCAGUCAACCACAGUCUGUCCUUCAUCAGUGAUGGUAAUGUGCUGGCCCUUCAUCGCUUGCUGUGGAACAACCAGGAGAGGAUUGGCCAGUACCUCUCCAGUAACAGGGACCACAAGGCUGUAGGCAGACGACCUUUUGAUAAGAUGGCAACCCUGCUGGCCUAUCUGGGACCUCCUGAACACAAGCCUGUGGCCGACACCCACUGGUCCAGUCUCAAUUUGACCAGUUCUAAGUUUGAAGAGUUCAUGACCAGGCACCAGGUUCAUGAGAAGGAAGAGUUCAAAGCCUUGAAGACACUUAACAUCUUCUACCAGGCAGGAACCUCCAAGAGUGGGAACCCAGUCUUCUACUACGUGGCUCGCAGGUUUAAAACCGGUCAGAUCAACGGGGAUCUCCUCAUCUACCACGUCCUUCUGACUCUCAAACCAUACUAUGCUAAACCCUAUGAGAUAGUGGUAGAUUUGACACAUGUAGGACCCAGCAAUCGUUUCAAGACUGACUUCUUAUCCAAGUGGUUUGUGGUCUUUCCUGGCUUUGCUUAUGAGAAUGUUGCAGCAGUUUAUGUCUAUAACUGCAACACCUGGGUUAGGGAGUAUACAAAGUAUCAUGAGCGGCUACUGACGGGCCUAAAGGGCAGCAAGAGGCUCCAGUUCAUUGACUCGCCAGCUAAAUUGGCUGAGCACAUUGAACAAGACCAACAGAAGCUCCCUGCAGCCACACUGAGCCUGGAGGAAGACCUUAAAGUGUUCCACAAUGCUCUGAAGCUGGCUCACAAAGACACCAAGGUUUCAAUCAAGGUGGGUUCCACAGCGGUACAGGUGACCUCAGCUGAGCGCACCCGGGUCCUUGGCCAGCCCGUCUUCCUCAACGAUGUCUACUACGCCUCAGAGAUAGAGGAGAUUUGCCUGGUGGAUGAGAGCCAGUUCACGCUCACCAUGGCCAAUCAGGGCACGCCGCUCACAUUCAUGCACCAGGAGUGCGACACCAUCGUGCAGUCCAUCAUCCACAUCCGGACACGUUGGGAGCUCUCACAGCCGGACUCCAUUCCACAGCACACCAAGAUCCGACCGAAGGAUGUUCCCGGAACACUUCUGAAUAUUGCUCUUCUAAACCUGGGGAGUUCAGACCCCAGCCUCAGGUCUGCAGCUUACAAUCUGUUGUGUGCUCUGACCUGCACCUUCAACCUAAAGAUAGAGGGACAGCUGCUCGAGACAUCAGGACUAUGCAUCCCAGCUAACAACACCCUCUUCAUAGUUUCCAUCAGCAAGACUCUGGCAGCCAAUGAGCCCCAUCUGACUCUAGAGUUCCUGGAGGAGUGCAUCUCAGGCUUCAGCAAGUCCAGUAUUGAGCUGAAGCAUCUGUGUUUGGAGUACAUGACACCCUGGCUGCUCAACCUCGUUCGCUUCUGUAAGCACAACGAUGAUGCCAAACGCCAGCGGGUCACUGCCAUUUUGGACAAACUCAUCACAAUGACAAUCAAUGAAAAGCAGAUGUAUCCCUCCAUUCAAGCAAAGAUCUGGGGCAGCCUGGGCCAGAUAACAGACCUGCUGGAUGUGGUGCUGGACAGCUUCAUUAAGACCAGUGCUACAGGAGGCUUGGGCUCUAUAAAGGCGGAGGUUAUGGCUGAUACUGCAGUGGCUCUAGCUUCCGGCAAUGUCAAACUGGUGUCCAGCAAGGUUAUUGGUCGGAUGUGUAAGAUCAUAGAUAAGACGUGUCUGUCACCAACACCCACGCUGGAGCAGCACCUGAUGUGGGAUGACAUUGCCAUUCUGGCGCGGUAUAUGCUCAUGCUCUCCUUCAACAACUCCCUGGAUGUUGCCGCCCACCUGCCCUACCUGUUCCAUGUUGUGACUCUGCUGGUGGCCACAGGCCCCCUGUCCCUCAGGGCCUCCACCCAUGGUUUGGUCAUCAACAUCAUCCACUCCCUCUGCACCUGCUCCCAGCUCAACUUCAGUGAGGAGACAAAGCAGGUCCUGAGGCUGAGCCUGACCGAGUUCUCCCUUCCAAAGUUUUACCUGCUAUUUGGCAUCAGCAAAGUAAAAUCGGCUGCCGUCAUUGCCUUUCGCUCCAGCUACAGAGACCGUUCGUUCUCUCCGGGGUCCUACGAGAGGGAGACCUUCGCGCUGUCGUCCCUGGAGACCGUCACUGAGGCCUUACUGGAGAUCAUGGAGGCCUGCAUGAGGGAUAUCCCAGCCUGCAAGUGGUUGGAUCAGUGGACAGAACUGGCUCAAAAGUUUGCAUUCCAGUACAACCCAUCUCUGCAGCCCAGAGCCCUCGUAGUGUUUGGCUGCAUCAGUAAAAGAGUGAGCCAUGGCCAGAUCAAGCAGAUUAUCCGAAUCCUUAGCAAAGCCAGUCCUCUGCUCAGCAUAGAUCGGGGUCUGGAGAGCUGUCUUAAGGGGCCGGACAAUUACAACAGCCAAGUAUUAAUAGAGUCUACAGUGAUUGCUUUGACUAAGCUGCAGCCUCUGCUCAGCAAGGACUCUCCCAUGCACAAAGCCCUGUUCUGGGUGGCGGUAGCUGUUUUGCAGCUUGAUGAAGUCAACCUGUACUCUGCCGGAACAGCCCUGUUGGAGCAGAAUCUCCACACGCUUGACUCAAUGCGUGUUUUCAAUGAUAAGAGUCCAGAAGAAGUAUUCAUGGAAAUAAGGCGUCCUUUAGAGUGGCACUGUAAGCAGAUGGACCAUUUUGUGGGUCUCAACUUCAGUGCCAACUUUAACUUUGCACUGGUUGGCCACCUACUGAAAGGUUACAGACACCCGUCCCCCACAACAGUAGCAAGGACAGUGAGGAUCCUGCAUACACUCCUAGCCCUCAUCAGCAAGCAUCUGAAAUGUGACAAGUUUGAGGUGAACACUCAGAGCGUGGCCUACCUGGCUGCUCUGCUCACUGUGUCUGAGGAGGUCCGAAGCCGCUGCAGCCUCAAACACAGGAAGUCACUGCUGAUUUCGGACCUCUCCAUUGACCCGGUACCUAUGGACACUUACUCCAGUCACAUCACUGAUCCUAGCUGCAGGACUCUGCGGGAGACUCAACCAUGGGUGUCCCCUCAGGUUUCAGAACGCUAUCUGUCAGCCCAUCACUACCCUACAGUUGGCCAGAUCAGCCCACGUACACGCAAAUCCAUGAGCCUGGACAUGGGCCAGCCCUCACAGGCCAACACCAAGAAGCUCUUAGGCACCAGGAAGAGCUUUGAUCACCUCAUAUCAGAUUCCAAAGCACCAAAGAGGCCAGAGAUGGAGUCGGGUAUGACCACUCCCCCAAAAAUGAGACGAGUAGCAGAGAAUGAUUACGAAAUAGAGACGCAAAGAAUUGGAAACUCUCACCUUCGUAAAGUGUCAGUAUCAGAGUCCAAUGUUCUGUUGGAUGAGGAAGUUCUCACUGACCCAAAGAUCCAAGCUCUGCUGCUCACUGUCCUGGCCACUCAAGUUAAAUACACCACUGACGACUUUGAUCAGCGCAUCCUCUACGAGUACCUGGCUGAAGCUAGCGUUGUCUUCCCAAAGGUUUUCCCAGUUGUCCACAACCUGCUGGACUCCAAGAUCAACACUGUCCUGUCCAUGUGCCAGGACACCAACCUUCUGAACCCGGUCCAUGGCAUUGUGCAGAGUGUGGUGUACCAUGAGGAAUCCCCCCCCCAGUACCAGCCCUCCUAUUUGCAAAGUUUUGGCUUUAAUGGACUUUGGAGGUUUGCUGGACCCUUUUCCAAGCAAACCCAGAUACCAGACUACGCUGAGCUGAUCGUCAAGUUUCUAGAGGCAUUGAUUGACAGCUACCUGCCCACAGCUGACGAGGAACAUGGAGAGGAGCAGCUGAGGACACCAACAUCCCCCUAUCCCCCCACCAGCCAGAGCCAGCUCAGCAUCACUGCUAAUCUUAACCUUUCUAACUCCAUGACGUCCCUGGCCACCUCGCAGCACUCCCCAGGUGUUGACAAGGAGAACGUCCAGCUGUCCCCCAGCUCUGCUCUGUCCAGUGGGGGUCGUACCCGCCACGGCUCAGCCAGUCAGGUCCAGAAGCAGCGCAGCGCCGGCAGCUUCAAGAGACCCAGCAUCAAGAAGAUCGUGUGAGGAGCUGCUGAACGCUACCCUGCCUGCUCCCCAACCUCCUUACAUCCUCUGCACUCACCUUCAGCCUGUCCAGUGUCAUGCUGCAAUCGUUUUAGAUUUCCUCUUUAUCCAUGCUUGUUGCUUUGGCGGGAGAAAGUGUUUGUGUCUUGUGCAUGGAGGAGGAACGUUAGCAGGGACAGAGUGAGUAUCCAGGAGGUCACAUUUCCAUACCUUCGUACAUGUGCACUGUCAGACGUCACACAUGGAACUAGAUGUCACAGUUGACACAGUGAGGAUCCACAGAAAAGUUGACCAUUAUUUGUUCAGGGUUGAUCUGUCACAUGCCUUGGCGAAGGGUAAGCAAGAUAGACCAAAUGAGCAACCAUACUGGUUGGAGGAGGGUUGGAUGUACGAGGCAGGACCUGUCUCUGAAUCCCCGUCCUGCUUGUAUAUAUUUUACAUAGAUAGAUGAUGUAUACUGAGUCUUUAGUGUUGAUGUGUUCUCCAUGGUGUGCCUUUGUCAGGGGUUUCAGUAUGUACAGUAUGUAAACUAAAAGUCAGACCUUCUGGCGACAACGAACAGCUACUAAUUAUGGAGGUGAGCAUCUAUAUCACCAUAGAAGUCAACAACCAGCCUCUAACGAUCGUCACUUAUACAAUCAUUCAUAUACCCUGUUGCCUGAAAGUAUUUAUCCUGUACAGCUAGAUAACGCUACACAAAUCUUCUUUUCCAACACUGUAUCUACAUAAAGACUGAAAAACACUAGGGGAAAUGUAAACAUGUAAAAAAAAACCUUGAGGCUUUGUGUUCUGUUACUUUGUGCAUUCGGCUUUCCUUUUAGUACAAACUGUGAUUCUAGCAGGGUAAUGUUUCACUCUGUUUACACAGUAAUAAGGAAAAUUGGCAAUAAUCCUCAACUCUUACAUUUCUUUGUCAAGCAUCGGUUUUCUUUGCAAACACCAGGUUAAGCUACAUCCUGAGGUUUGACGAGCAUUUGAUUAGAAAAGGAGCAGUGGAAACAGACACACCUCAACACAACCAAAGAACACUUUACAUUUGGCUCCUUCCCUGCAAGUCUAAGGGUCUGACACCCAGUCAUCAGAGUGUUGUAUGAUCUGUGAGCAUGAUGCCAGCUGCCACUCAGUUAGUAGUCCGUAGUCACACAGAAUCUGCUCUGCACUGGGUUUGAUGCUUCACACCUGUGUACUGGCCAUUGCAACAGUCAGAGUCACUGAGGCCAGUGAUCUAGAAGCAGCAGGGCAGCUUUGCUAAAAUGCAAAUCCCAACUGUUGAACCCUGUUGAAACUAAACCACAACCGAUAUUGAUCUCACAGACACAGUGUGGUGUCCAGGACUGAAUCCAGAGCUCUAAGGCCAACAGACAGGAAACGUAAGUGCAGAGCAGCUCCUCCCCGCCUUAACGUCUAUGCAUGGCAAGAGUUGAGUAUUGUUGUCAGCUCUUACUCGGUCACUCUUCGAAUGCUCUCCCUACUUGUCUUCUGCUUGCGUUGCAGGCGUGUGAGAGAACAUGUUGUUUUCUGUUUGCUCAGUCAACACUGCAUCAGCAGGUGGAGGAGGGGGCAUGGAGUCUGCUCAGGAAGCAGGGUUUCAAUGGAUGCCGGUUCCUGCUUUUAUGUCUUUAAGUGGGUCCAAUCAUUUUCUUCCACUGUGGAUAAUUGCUUCAGAUAAAAGCUCAUUAUUAUCAUUCACUUCAGAGUAACUGGUGACGCACCUGAAGGAGACAGAGUUUUACUCAUCAAUAACACUAAGCCUCUCGUCCAAAAGCAGUAUUGAGUUUUACCAAAGGGAAUAAGGACGCGUACUGUCCAACAGCAUCUCCUGGAAUGUCCUGGGGAGGACCCCAAGUCCUAGUUCUAGUUCAAGCACCCAGUAUGUUUGCACCAGCUGCUGCAGGAUGGACGCUUAAUUCUGUCUGUGUAAUUCCUCCCCUUUUUUCUGCCCAAUUUUGAUUUAUGUGAUCUUAGUUUCAUGUCCCAGAGGCGAAGUGUAUGUUCCGGACUGUCGCCAGGAGUGAUAGAGAGAAUGGAAACAUGAGGAUUAUCUAUCAAUAACCUCUUUAACAACUGGUUGACUUGCACUAAUUAAAAUACAGUCAUGGGUCAGAUUAAAAAACUCAAUGUGGCAUGUUUUAUUUGAUAUUAUGCAAAAUCUAAUGUCUGUAAUGUUCAAGUUUUGUUUAAUGCAGUAUGUAUGACUACUGUAAAUACUUUGUGUACAAUUUGAGACGGUAUAUUUACUACACUGUACAUACAUGUGAUAUUGUAUCAUUUUGUUUUUGUAAAGCAGUUAGUUUCUGUAUAAUAUACAAAUUUAACUAUUCCGGUGUUAGUAAUAAAAUGUUUUUCUCUCUAAA